UGAUAGAGCUUUUUGUUUGGACAAAAGUCAUUUCAGAGUGAGAUGUAAACUCUUAUGGUUAACAGACCAGGAAAUGGUACACACAGGGGUCAUUUAGACUAAACCACAUUUUCAUUCUUCACCCUGUAAAAGUGAAAGUAAAAACUAACCAGACGAGUUAAGAUUUUCAUGGGAGAAAAUGGCUUCAAAGCUUGAAGAGGAGUUUUGCUGUCCUGUGUGCUGUGACAUCUUCAAGGUUCCCGUCUUUUUGCCCUGUGCUCACAGUGUGUGUAAAGCCUGUCUGCAGCAGUUCUGGGAGAAUAAAGGACACCGAGAAUGUCCCUACUGCAGGAGGAAGUGCUCUAAAGAACACUAUCCUCCUAACAUGGCGUUAAGGAACCUGUGUGAGGCUUACUUACAGGAGAGAAGUCAGAGAGCUUCAGCAGGGUCUGAGGUGCUCUGCAGUCUGCACAGUGAGAAACUCAAGCUCUUCUGUCUGGAGGAUCAACAGCCUGUGUGUGUGGUGUGUCAGGCUUCAAAGAAACACACCAACCACAAGUUCCAACCUGUAGAUGAGGCAAUAGCUGACCUUAAGGAGCUGCUGAGGAUUAAACUAGAAUCCUUACAGAAGAGGCUGAAGGUCUUUGAAGAAGCAAAACUCUCCUGUGAUGAAACAGCGAAACAUGUGAAGACUCAGGCCCAGCACACAGAGAUGCAGAUCAAGGAGGAGUUUGAGAAGCUUCACCAGUUUCUACGAGAUGAAGAGGCAGCCAGAAUAGCUGCACUGAGGGAGGAAGAGGAGCAGAAGAGUCAGAAGGAGAAGAUUGAGAAGAUGAGCAGAGAGAUCGCAUCUCUUUCAGACACAAUCAGAGCCAUAGAAGAUGAGAUGGGAGCUGAUGAUGUCGCAUUCCUGCAGAAUUACAAGAGCACAGUGGAAAGAGCCCAGUGCACACUGCAGGAUCCAGAGAGGGUUUCGGGAGCUCUGAUCAAUGUGGCAAAGCACCUGGACAACCUGAAGGUCAAAGUCUGGAAGAAAAUGAUUGCUCCUGUGACUCUGGAUCCCAACACUACACACCCAAAUCUCAUCCUGUCUGAGGAUCUGACCAGUGUGAGAUAUGUUAAAAAUAACCCACAGAGGUUUGAUAAGUAUGCCUGUGUCCUGGGCUCUGAGGGCUUUAAUUAUGGCACUCACUGCUGGGAUGUCGAGGUUGGAGAGAACACAAUGUGUGCAGCAGAAACUCCAGAGGAUCAGAGUGCAGCUGGACUGGGACAGAGGAAAGGUGUCAUUCUCUGA